UCUCCCAUGAUUCCAUGUGUGUAUUCAUUUACUAAGACGGUGACGGAGAGUAGUUGUGCUGCCGUGAAAAUGGCCCUCCCAAGAACUUCGAUAUCCCGUAGAGGGUCCAAAAAUGAUUCGAAUAAAGACGAAGAUGAUUAUGACAACAAUGGAUAUAUUCAAGUGUUAGUUAAACCGCUUGACAAGGGUAACGUUUGCAGUUUAAUCACAAAUUGGAUUGGAUUGAAUGAACCAAAAUUUGCAGAAAAUGUUGGAGUUUUCUAUGGAAUUGCGUUCAUGACCCUCAGUUUUAUAAUUUACCAAAUAUGUGAUAUGGGCAUGUUUUUCCAUCGGGUGUGUUCAGUGCUGGUGCCCAUGUUCGCCAUUGUGUGUGCAUUCUACUGGCUGUCACUGUAUUUACGGAAAACGUGGAGUGCCACCAGUGUUUAUUUACUGUUUUGUGCGUGCUUCCUAGGAGAGACCCUUGCGCAGAUCAUAUCGGGACUGUGGCACGUGGGCAUGUCAGGGAGUUCCGACAUGAUGGAGACCGACGAGGGUUAUCUCAGUCGCCCCGUUGUUUUGUUUAUUGUACUUUUAUCCAUUUCUACUGCCAGUAUAUUUUCAUCCUUAGAAACCUCGCAUAGUGCAAUUGUUAUAUCGUUAGUGAGCUUUUCUAGGUUUUUAAUGUGUUCCUCGGUUGGUAUUUUGCCUUACGGGUUGCGGCCAUACCUGGCAUAUUUCUGUGGAUUGGGAGGGUUCAUUGUCUCAAAAUACAUGGAAACUGUUUUGAAACCACCAAUAAACAAUUUCAUGACACAUGACGGAAAAAUUCCCGUCAUAAAGCGACGGAGAUCAAGUUCUUCAACGGCUCAUGCAUUCUCCGCUCAUCGGUCCACUAGAAGGACGUCUCUUCCAGCAUUAAUUCCAAAAAACCAGAGUUCAUCAUCGAGCUAUGAUUCGGCGAUAAUUGGUGAAGCCCACGGGCUGAUUACAGACAUGUUGGCGGACUCCACGCUGCCCCCACAUGUAGUGAGUGGCCUGCGUGCUGUCAGCAAUCUUCUCAAGCCUGCGGAGAACCACUCCUCGAUGCACAAGACGAGGGUCAGUCCUCUUGUCUCUCUCACAGAGUCAACGUCAUACGGGUCAGAUUCAGAGGAAAAUCCCUACACAGGGGAACGCCCUUCUUCACUACCAAAGAGAUUACGACGCAGUUUACCGCCGAGUCUGUUACGUAGGAUGUCCACAAGCACUUGGACAACUACAACGUCUGCAACAGGGAUGCCAACACUUGAGUUGGAACCUUGUCGGGUACGGAGCUCCAGUUUCCGUCACUCACGGGACACAACGCCCGGCUCUAGCCCUGUUGAGUCUCGGAGUAACAGCCCGUCACCCAGCUCUCCGACUGUUGUACUCACAAUACCAAAAUCUCGAUCUUUUUCACUGGCAGCUACACAACCUGCAUCCUCUUCCAGUUCACAUUUGAAAAGGAUGGCCCGAAAAAGUGUCACACCAAUAUCGAGCUCAAGCUCUGAAGGGGCCUCAGCCUCUAAAUUAUCAGAGAGUAAGUUAAGUCCCCUUGUGAAGGGAGAACUGCAGGACGCUAGUGAUGAUCGAUUGAGGAUUACUGCUUUAAACAAAGAACAUUUGACUUCCAUACGAAAAAAUAUAACAUCAGAUUAUGAAAGCUGUAACGAAUCACCAAGUUCGAGCGAUCAUAGUGACAACAUACCAGCAUCUGAUGAAUUUUCGGCUUCUCCACCGAAAAAAAUGGUUUGUGGUCGGCCUGUCGAUACCUCAUCACAGCUCUCAAGGCUGACGUCAGCACGGGCAUUUGUCCCGAUUUCCGACCCUCCAUCAGACUCAGACGAACCCAAUCCAUUUCAUGACUUUCGUGUUCAUCAGACCGACGAUGAGAGUCGCGAGGGAGCCGCAGACGAUGAGGACGACGAUGACGAUGAUGACGAAGACGAAAAAUCCUCGACAUCAGUGCGCAAAUCGCCAUCUACACUGUACUCAAACUCUAAUGUAGUGCGGCAGUUGGAAAAACUUGACACAGUAACUGUGAAUUCCAUAGAUAAACUUGUAGUGGAUAUGUCAGACGUUGACUCAAGUAAAUACCUUCAAAUUUCGACUCUGAACGAGUGGGAUUAUCCAAUUUUUGACGCAGCUAAGACUCAUGGGAAGUUUAUUCUUAGCAAGGUAGCGUACAAACUGUUCACAGAAGUGGGUUUAUUCGAGACAUUCCGAAUCCCUGUGGCUGCGUUCAUGAACUAUUUCCACGCCCUCGAGCUGGGCUACAGAGACAAGCCAUAUCACAAUCGUGUGCAUGCCACUGAUGUGUUACAUGGGGUGUUCUACAUUACGACCCAGCCAAUUCCUGGCUUCACACAGGUCAGCACCACUGAAAUGCUCCUGCGGCAGGGCUCCUCUAGUGAAUCAGAUGGUGAUAGUGAGCGGUCACCACCUCCGUACCGGGGAAGCAGUUUCGCUGCAGACGACAGCUAUGGAAUUAUGGUAGGAAACUUCCCCGCCCUCGAGCUUAUGGCGAUGUUUACUGCGGCAGCCAUGCACGACUACGACCAUCCUGGUCGCACCAACGCUUUCCUUGUGGCAACCCACGCACCUCAGGCGGUGUUGUACAACGAUCGGUCCGUCCUUGAGAACCACCACGCCGCUUCUGCCUGGAAUCUCUUCCUCUCUGAUACGGGAUUCAACUUCCUGUCGGGCCUGGAUGCUGCUGAGUUUAAACGAUUCCGAUAUCUUGUCAUUGAGGCAAUCCUGGCCACCGACCUCAAGCGGCACUUUGAAAUCCUUGCUGAAUUCAAUGCCAAGGUGAAUGAUGACCAUGCAGUGGGCAUAGACUGGACAUCAGAAACUGACCGGCUGCUGGUCGCUCAGAUGGUCAUUAAACUGGCGGACAUCAAUGGACCAGCCAAGACACGCGACCUACACACUUCGUGGACAGAUCGUAUCUCGGAAGAAUUUUAUGAACAGGGUGACGAGGAGGCGAGGCUGGGCCUACCGAUCUCCCCAUACAUGGACCGGCGGAUCCCACAACUCUCCAAGCUACAGGAGACAUUCAUCAACCAUCUAGUGGCGCCACUUUGUAACACCCUUGUCACCGCCGGGCUACUCCCUGGCACAUGGGUCGACUCCCCCGAAGAUGAUGAUGAGCCCGAGCUCUCUGACAACGACAAGGGGGACCCGUGUCUCAAAGAUAGAGAGGAUGAAACAGAGACAGAUACAGAGUCUGGAGUUCCGGUGGGGACUGUGGUGAAGAAGUCGAGAAAGAUAAACUGCAUAUUGACACGCAACAUGAAGGAGAACCACUCCUUCUGGGUGGAGAGAAUACGAGAGGAGGAACAACAGAAAGCCCUUGCUGAGAAACUGGAUAACAUUCAACAAGAGUCGAUUAGCCUUGAGAAGCCUGAAAUGGAGCCGAUAAGUGAGGAAUCUGAAUCCCCUAACUCCACCACAUCCCCAACGUACCGCCUGCCUGAUACCCAAGAUGACUCCAGGGAGGUUUCCAUAGCAACAGAGCUGGAGAAUGCUAAACAGGAAAUGCCAACCAUACAAGUGUCGUCUGCUAUACAGGAAGUGACUUCAAAUGAUGACAACCGAAAGCUCUCCAUUGUGGAGGAAAAUAAAGACAGCAGUGUGAGAGAUGAAACUUGAACUUGUAUAAAAACAACUACGACAGCCGUGGGACUGUUAUUUUUUUGUCCUUCCAUAGCAUUAGAUAGUUUAUUUAUUCUUCAUUUGUAUUAUAUAUUUACAUGUGUGCUCGCCUGUGAGUGCACUGUUCAAAAACUGAUAUUGACAUAAGUGAUUGUGAUAAUAUUUUUAUUUCUUACUGAUUAUUGUUAUUUAUAAUGGUAGAAGUAGUUUAGCUCUACUGCAAUCAGAAAUUUUCUCUAACGACUUAUAUACUCAGCAUGUACAGACCUUCUUUUUAUAGUCAUUUAUUUAAAUCUGUUCAGGAUUUUUAUUUCUUUACAUCAUUUGUAAACGCUUGCAAAUAUAGAAUACCAAGUAUGUUAAUAUGCUCGCAAAACGGGCUAUUCCAUUCUACAUUUAUGUUAUGUUGUUUUAUUUUUCGCAUCUUUUGUGCUCAAAUCUGUUAUGUUGAUAACUAUGUCAAGUCAUGAACAAUUGGGGAAUAACUCUCAGGUUAAGGGCGCUUACAAAGCCUGGAUCCCCGAUACAUGUAUAACCUAUCUCUCUCUCUCUCUUUCCCUCUCUGGCGCUGUUAUAAUCUAAUAAUAUGUAACAUGUUGCAUUUCAAAAACGGGGCAUUACUUUUGAAAAAAAUAACAUUUUAACAAAAUUCCUUGACAAUACGAUUGUUACUGUAUCGUUACUAAGUAACGUUGCAUUCCAGAGGCACUCACUCAAAGAUUUCAGGUUGGCAAAUAAUAUUAUUUCAAAAUCUGUGCAAAGCAAGUUGUUCUACGAGUGUUUGAACCAAAACCAAACAGCAAUUGACAGAUUGACUGUAUUUAAUAGAAUUUAAAGCUUUGGAUAAUUCUAUUUUUCAUUGUAUAGCUAUUGCCCUUUUACAAAAUGAAGCAUUUUCGGCCAGCCCCCAUUUUCAAAAAUUUAUGAACAAUAGAUUAUUUAAUUGAACUUUCAAAGAAAACCUUUUAAUGUUACAAUGUUUUUUUAUACAUUAUACACAAAAUUUCAAAUUGUUCAUGUCCGACUUUUCCGAGCCAUGAGAAAGUCUACCGAAUAGAUGAUUGGCUACAUUACAAAUGAUAUUGAAACGUGGUGCCCUUUUUGGUUACUGUAUACAUGAGUUUUCUCUUACCUUUAGACAUUUUAUUUGUCACCAUCCCAUAAUCAUUGAGUUGUUGGGCCUGUUUUAUCACCGAUCCCACAACAAAUGGUAACAAGGUUGAGAAAAGAUGUUUUCAUUUUCUGUUAACACGAGUAUUGUAAAUCAAAAUCAUUGUUUUACAUUUCAAAUCAAUAAGGCAAUAUAUUCAGGGUUUUUUUGACGAGUAUUCGUAAUGAUUUUAUUGAACAGGAAUUGAGUGUUUAUCAUCUUUGUAAAAAUGAACGUAGAAAAUGCAUUAUAAUGACACAAUGUCAUAAGAUUGAUGAUAAUUACAUGAUGUCAUAAGAUUGAUGAUAAACCAUUAUAAUGACGCGAUGUCAUAAGAUUGAUGAUAAAGCAGGUUCAAAGUAACGUUUAAAAAAAAACUGCUGCCGUCGUAUUAUUAUAUAUAAUACAAAAUAUCAACGAUUCUUCCGUCGCUGAUUGUAGAUAUAUAUAUAUAUACAGUUGAACACCUCACUUAUAUUUUAAGCAAUAAUAUGUAUUCAGACUUUUUUGAAAAUUAUUCUUAGAAUUGAUUUUUAAGCACCAUAUUUUUAGAUUUUUUUCUCUAUUUUUUUUAGUACUCAUCAGUUUUUAUUGGUAGUUUUUAUUGUGAAAUGACUCGACUUUCACGGAAAAUGUAUUAUGAUAAAUAAAAUAAAUACUUGGCAUAGUAUAUGAAAUGAGAUAUUUUUACUUUUAAGAAUUGACAAAUGUAAAUGGCAUUUUAUUGUUUUUAAACAUAUUACAAAAUAUACAACUACCUUUUGAUUAGGGCAGAUACAUGUUAAUCCCCAUGGUUAUUUUCUAUAAAUGUAAAUAUACAGGUAUGAUUGUAAUAGUUGUUUAUUUCAUUCUUAAUUGUAAUUAUUAUCGAUAAGUUAUGUUAUAGUUAGAGUAAUACAGAAAAGGGUUUGUUUUUUCGUGUGCAAGGUACUUUGAUUUCAGAUCAUAUACAUGGUUAGGAUUCAAGAAGCAUAUAGAAAGAAAUGCUUGGGAAAUACGACCCCUGGAGAUUUUAACUCGCUAGAGGUUUUUACUUUUAUAUUUCAAACUUUAUUAUUCAGUGUGUUUGUUAAAGUGUUGCCAUAAUUUAAGUUCUUUAUUUUUUGUUGCCGCGUGCAAUUAUUGUAUUCAACAUGUUUCUUUGUACCUGGACGGUGCGAAAGGGAGGUAAUUCAUUAAGGCAUGUCUAAAUUGGCCUGUACGAGUUGUCUCCCAUAGCUGUUGGCACAAAACUACAUUUGAAUUCAAUAAGCCAAAUGAACAUUAUAUUUCUCUAGCUCUACACAUUAAGAUCUGAUCACAGCUUCUAUAACUCCAAACAAGAAGGGUAAUCUAUGUGUUUAUAUUCUGCAUUAAUUCAUUGAUGUAUGUGUAUAUUUUGAUAACUAUUUUUGUCUAAAGUGAAUUUUCAAAUACUGCUACUUUUUUCAUCAAAUACUGCUAUUUUUUUCAUAGAUGAUAUUUAUACCAUUGUCGAAUUAAUUUUCUAGAAGUAAACUGCUCUGGCCUAUUAAAAUAUACCAAAUGUGCUAAAAAUACUUCACUUUUAUGAUGUGUCAAAUUAUAUUACUGGGCAGUUGCCUAAUUCCGGAUUUGCCUAAAUAUUCGGAAAUCGUUUGAAAAGCGUUUCGGCGACCGUGAUCAAUAUAGAAUGAUCACAGUCUACGCAACUGACCUCCAUAGCAACAGAAACAACGCAGCUAUUCGAGUAUAACCCCAAAAUAAAUACCUCUAAACUUUCGCUUUCCUAAAUGUCAAUAUUUAGUCACGUGGGGGAUGACGUCACACAGCACGAGCUUUUAUAUUAAGGUUCCGACAGGGUUAUCUUUAAACACUAGACCUACUAUACGAUGUUUAUGACUUAUUGUCAAUCACUAAAUACAAUGCCAAUUACAUAUAAAGUAAAUAAAUUGAUGAUAUCAUUGUUUUGUGUUGUGCAGCAUUUGAUAUGAAAACGAAGCAAAAAUGAAGCAGAUUCGUACUUUCAACAUUUUGCAAAUUCGGACAAAUUAGUAGUUCGGAUACGCCGUAAAUACACAUACAAAUACUUCAGAGAUGUAUAAAAUUUAUAUUCAGGUUAAACAUUUAAUACAUGAUGUUCAUUUAAGUAGCAUUUAAAUAUUUUUAUAUUGACAUGAUAAUGUUUACUUUGUUCUUUGAAAAAAUCCGAAUAUUUAGGCACUGAAUGCAGGUUUUUGGACGUCGUUUUUGCCCUUAUUUGUACUGAAUAUUAUAUUAUAAUUAAUUGUUUUUUUCUUUUAUUCUUUUUCCAUUUUGGUUGAUAUAGGACCAAACAUUUUUCUAUUAAAAUUUUAUGCACUUAUAUUCAGUAAUUAUGACAAUAUUUUAAGAAUACUUCAAAAUUGAUCCGGAAUUAGGCAUCUGCCCAGUACAGAAGGCUGUAUUGUUUUACUUUAAUGGGUAGGUUGUUUGAUAUUAUGUUUCAUUAGUUAUUUUCCAAUCACAUUUACAGUGUAAGAUACAGGUAGUUCAAUGUCUUAGAUGUACAUCAAGAAUGCAUGCUUUCCAUUUUGUUAGAAGGGAGAAAACAAACUGUUCCUAGUGCUCAUUUCUGGGCCACUUAAAACUGUUCCAUUUGAAACCUCGACCUCCAUGUGAACGAAACCCCUCGACCUACAUGUGUACAUGUAUGUAGUUCUGUUUGAGCCUCUCGACCUACAUGUUUACAUGUAUGUAGUUCCGUUUGAGCCCCUCGACCUACAUGUAUACAUGUAUGUAGUUAGCCAUAUUUUAACUACGGAUCAUUGUAAACAGUGAUACAAUAUUUUAUAUUUCAUAAUGUAGUGAAAUCAUGUUACAAGGAUGUUUGAAUACACAUUUGUUUUGCUAUGAACAUGACUGAUAUUACAUCAUGUUACAAGGAUGUUUGAAUACACAUUUGUUUUGCUAUGAACAUGACUGAUAUUACAUCAUGUUACAAGGAUGUUUGAAUACACAUUUGUUUUGGUAUGAACAUGACUGAUAUUACAUCAUGUUAUUUUGUCUAGCCUGCUUGAAGCUGCAGCCUCCCGUUCAGGUUGAAUUUGUACACUCCUAGUUGUCUACCCCUUGUAUAAUUUUCUUCCAUUCUUUACUCUUACAUAACUUAUUGAUUUUUAGCUUGUGUUGUUUAUUUUUUUCAAAGAGAAAACUUGAAUUAUUGUGCUACCCUUGCUGUCUGUUUCUGUGUCUAUGCUGCAACCAUUAAUAAUGAUUCUAAUGUAAUGUAGAACACAUGCUUCCAGAGACAAUAGGAAUAGAUAACUCUUGCAUUAAUAAUCAUUGAAUUAUUCCCCUUUUCUACUAAAAUAACAGAUGAGCAGUUACAACCGCUUGCUGUGCUCUUGUUUAGCAUAAUCAAGGAAGAUUAUUUCCAGAGAAAUUUUAAUGGUAGAUUUAAAAAAAAGAGUAAUGUUUUAUACAUUUAAGCAUGGUAACAUGUAUAAAUUCAGUGUAUGAUGGUAAUCAGCUUGUAUUCAUGUUAUAGUUCAAUAUUAUGGACGAUGUUAUUCAGCAACUGACUUUCAAUUUUCAAUGACUUAUUAUUCAAUCAAAAAAGUAUGAUAAGAAUAGUUUGGGAUUUUUGUGUGAAUAAUUACAUAAUUUUACAGUAAGGGAGACUGUAGUGGUCAUAAGGUGUUGUUGGACGUUGUGGAUCUGUUCAGUCUGUGGUAUUUCUCCAUUAGCUGGCCACUGGUCAGUCUCCACCUGCUAUCAUGUGUCAACUAUUGUCUGUUUCUGCUACUUGCCAAGGAGUGACAGUCUUUUGUUAACAACAUAUUGUUUAUCAAUACAGUGUGUUCUACCUUAUUGUUAUCAGCUUGUUGGAUAACUUUAAUAACACAUUAACUCAUCAAUGUUUCUUAAUGACUUUUCAAAAUGUAUGUCUUUAUUGCAAUUACCUCAAAAAAAUAUGUAAUGGGUUUUUUAUGUUUGUUUUGAAAAAUAGGGAAAAAUUUAUGAAAUCUAAAAUGCCAGUUCCAACUUCCAUUGAUUUAGCAUUGAUAUUGGUUGGUUAAUGAUGAUGGUAUGGGUGAUGAUAUUGGUUGGUUAAUGAUGAUGGUAUGGUAAUGAUAUUGGUUGGUUAAUGAUGAUGGUAUGGGUGAUGAUAUUGGUUGGUUAAUGAUGAUGGUAUGGGUGAUGAUAUUGGUUGGUUAAUGAUGAUGGUAUGGGUGAUGAUAUUGGUUGGUUAAUGAUGAUGGUAUGGUAAUGAUAUUGGUUGGUUAAUGAUGUUGGUAUGGGUGAUGAUAUUGGUUGGUUAAUGAUGAUGGUAUGGUAAUGAUAUUGGUUGGUUAAUGAUGAUGGUAUGGUAAUGAUAUUGGUUGGUUAAUGAUGAUGGUAUGGUAAUGAUAUUGGUUGGUUAAUGAUGAUGGUAUGGGUGAUGAUAUUGGUUGGUUAAUGAUGGUAUGGGUAAUGACAAUGGUUGCUUAAAGAUGGUAUGGGUAAUGACAAUGGUUGGUUAAUGUAGGUAUGAGUAAUGAUGAUGGUUGGUUAAAGAUGGUUGGUAAAUGACAAUGAUUGGUUAAUGAUGGUAUUGGUAAUGACAAUGGUUGGUUAAUGGUGGUAUGGGUAAUGAUGAUGGAUGGUUAAAGAUGGUUGGUAAAUGACAAUGGUUGGUUAAUGAUGGUAUGGGUAAUGAUAAUGGUUGGUUAAUGAUGGUAUGGGUAAUGACAAUGGUUGGUUAAAGAUGGUUGGUAAAUGAAAAUGGUUGGUUAAUGACAAUGGUUGGUACAUGGUGGUAUUGGUGAUUAUGUUUACUGUAUUGUGGUAUAUAUUCUGUUAAUUAGAUUCUUAAGACUAUUUCUUAUUUUGUAUUAGUACUGAGUCUCUUUAUCGGGGACAGCUGUUGAAAUAAAUUAUUAUGAAUGUUU